AUGUCGUUCAAAACCGAGUUGUUCAUCAACGGGAAGUACGUUCCGUCGUCCUCCGGUGAAACCCUCAGCAUCCAAAGUCCCAAUGAUGAUUCCCUCGUAACCGACAAGAUCCAAGUUGCCGGCGAGGCCGAUGUCGACAACGCCGUCAAGGCCGCGAAGGCAGCUUUUCCCGCCUGGAAAGCCACCGCAGGCCACAAGCGAGCUGCUAUCAUGAACAAGUUCGCAGAUCUACUUGAGAAGAACACGGAUAAGUUGGCUCAGCUCGAGUCUGCUGCCAUGGGCCAACCCGUCAGCGUCAGCAAGAGGAUGAUUGCUGGUCCCAUAGCGCUCUGGAGAUACUAUGCUGGCUAUGCUGGCAAGGUUGCAGGAGAAAGCUAUCCACCGGAUGAGGAUGGAACGUACAAGAUCGUUCAAUACGAACCUCUUGGUGUCUGUGCCGGGAUCUGUGCCUGGAACGGCUCCCACGUCCUCGCCGCAUGGAAAAUGGCCCCAGCCAUGGCUGCAGGCAACACAUUCAUCUUAAAGUCCAGCGAGAAGUCACCAAUUUCUCUUGCGCAGUACGGUGAGCUUGUCAAUGAAGCGGGUUUCCCACCUGGUGUCAUCAACGUCCUCACUGGAGCUGGUACAACAGGAUCGCUCCUCGCCAGUCACAUGGACAUCGCCAAGAUUGCAUUCACCGGAUCUGCUGCUGCGGGUCGAGCUGUUCAGAUUGCAGCGGCAAAGUCCAACCUCAAGCGCGUGACACUUGAGCUGGGUGGCAAAAGUCCAGGCAUCAUCUUCGAAGAUGCCGACAUACCCAAUGCCGUCUUUCACAGUAGUGAUAGCUUCCUCCGGAAUUCGGGCCAGAUCUGCUUUGCUGCAUCCAGGGUGCUUGUCCAGGAAAGCAUUGCCCCAGAAUUCAUCAAGCAGGUCAAACUCGCCUUCGAGCAUGCUGCGGACGCAAUGGGUGAUCCAUCACUGGCAGAAACCAAGUUUGGGCCACUCGCGGACAAGAAGCAGUUCGAUCGUGUUAUGGGCUUUCUUGAGGACGCCAAGAAGGAGGGUAUUGAGAUUGGUGCAGGAGGUGGUCGCAAGGGAGACAAGGGCACAUAUGUGCAACCCACCGUUCUAAUCAACCCGGGAUUGGAUAGCAAAGUGUACACGCAGGAGAUUUUCGGACCUGUCAUCAGUGUACGGACAUUCAAGGACGAAGAGGAAGCCAUCAAGUUGGCGAAUGACACGACUUACGGCCUUGGCUCAACCGUCUACACCUCAGAUAUUGCACGUGCUCUACGUGUUGCAGGACAGAUCGAGGCUGGCACGGUCGGCAUCAAUUCAGCUUUUAACACGAGCCCCCAGACCCCCUUCGGAGGCUGGAAGUCAAGUGGCUACGGUCGUGAGAGCGGCAUUGAAGGUAUCAAGAACUACACUCAACCAAAAACAAUCCAUAUUAAUAUGACCUUACCUGCCAAGAAGUAA